AUGAGGAGUAGCAGACGAGACCAUGCAGUGCCUGUGGUUGUAGGUGAGGAUGGUGUGGGGAUAUGCUCCUUUCCAACUGCCAAUAUAUCUUUGCUGAAGGAAGGAGAAGAUGAGGUGUUUACCAGAGGUCAGAUAUACAGUAUAAUCCUAGAAGUAGAACUACCAGAAUCUCCACAGAAUCAAAAUCUAGGAAUGUUCAUGGUAAAGUUGGAUUUAUAUAAUCAUGUGGGAAGGACAAUCGCCUCAGCCUCUAGAUCUGCUAUUUUGCACUUUAAGUCUAUGCUUCUACGCAUCCUGGAUACUUUCGUCUUUUCCCCAUUUCUUUUGUUUGGCUGGAUGGAACAGAGGCAGUCCCUAUUUGUAGAGCUUUUUACAAAAUACCAUGAUGAUUCGUACAAUCCUGCUAUCGGUGCAGUCAUUCAGAUUAUGAGCAAGAAGAUAGAUCUCUAUUCUACCAAGCUUCAUAUCCAAGCACAAUUCACUGGUUACAGUCAUGUCCUAUUUUCCCUGAAAAGCAGUUAUUCAUUCUACUGGUACAUUCUGUUCCAUUGGCCUGUGUUCUCUGCCAUGUUUGGAAUCAGUUUCAACUUCUUUGCUCUCACAUUCAUUUGCGGGCUCUCAUGGUAUCAAUUUGGUAGCAGAAAUGUCUCACAGUUAGACCUGAUGAAAGAAAAGAAGCACAAGAACAAGGAACAACACAGGCAAAAGGUUCAGGCCAAAAGAGACAGGGAACAAGAACCAAUGUUGGGGUCAGGUAGAAUGGUUCCAGACCUUGUAGGACUACAGGACAUGGACGGUGAUGAAACAGAGCUAUUAUCUACUGACAGAACAGAUGUGUCUAUCCCAGAAUGUGAUACUGCCCUUCGCCAGCGACGUAUGAUGAUACUGUGAUAAUGAGGACAAGAUCUUAUGUAGUUGAAGAAUGGUUUAAAGUCAUCUUUGUUAAGAAAUAAAUAUCCACAAGUUUGAGGUUCCAGGUGUUUCAGUAGAAGUGCCAGUUAAGACUACCACAGCCUUCUGCUGGGUGCAAAUUAUAUACAGUCAUUUAAGAUAAUCAUAUAAAGGAUUUUUUUAAAUGACGUUCUGCAUUACUGUCAUUGAAAUGCAUAUAUUUCCACAUAUUGAGUUUCCUUGGCUUAAGAUUGUUUCAGACUAAAUUACUGUGAUCACUUAAUCUGCACUGGAGGAGGAAUUUGAAGAUUUUUCUCUGGAUACCUCUAUUGAGCCCGUCCUGCUGCACUCUGGGUAGCCAGACCCUCCAUUUAUACUGGCUAAAUAUCAUUACCCUGGGCUUCCAGGUUACUCUCUACUACUAUAUCCCAACAUGCUAUUGACCAACAAUCAUCAUCCUAGCACUCUUCAUUAUUAAAAAGAUGUUGUACGAAAAAAAUCACUCAUUUGACCUUUGACUUUGAAAGAAGGUUAGGGUCAUCUACUGGAGGAAACUUUUACUACUCUAUACCUGCUCCCAUUGCAAUAUUUGGGAUCUUUAUCUUUCUUUCUACUUUUAACUACCUUUUAUUUCCCAGAGCCUUGCUUGGUAACACUUCACUUUUGGCUUGACUGUUGAGCAUUCGCCCUGGUGAGGGAGACAAUGGGUUCUGUCCCCAGGCCAGGACAUACCAAAGUCCUUAAAAAUGGUAGUUGUUAUUCCCUGCUUAACGU